AUGUCCACCGGGACCAUCUCCGCUGCCGCGCUGCAGUACUUUGAGUCGAAGGGCAUUCAGUCAAUUCUAGAUGAAGCGAUGCACGACUUGGUGCUGGAGAUGCCGGCAGACCCACUCGUUUUCCUCGAGGAGGCCUUCCGCAGGCCGACCCCCCUUCACGUCAUUAUCACCGGUCCACCCGGCAGCGGCAAAACCACGCUGGCAGCCAAGUUGGCUGCCCAUUAUGGCAUCACGCACGUUGCUGCUACUCCCGCGGCUGUCGGGGACAUGGCGAUGCCAGCUGAUGUGCUCGGCGAGCUGAAAACUCUGCAGAAGGAUGGUAAGGGCUGGGUCCUGGACGGUUUUCCACAAACGCGCGCAGACGCGAUUCAGCUGCAGACGUCAGCGAUGUCUCCUCAGCAAGUCUUUGAGCUGCAGGUCCCACUAGCAGUGGCGCUGGAGCGUGCCAUUAUCACCGCGGCUCAUGCAUCCAAAAACAUCGAAGAGGCGACGGCGAUUGCGAAAAACUACGAGCACUACGAUGUGCGCAGACUAGAGGUCACCACUUCCUACCAGCAUUGCUACCGUGGCAUCGAUGCCACUAUCUCCGCCGAGGAGGUGGCUGCAGAAGCCCUGAAGGCCAUUGACGCCUUGCAGCUCUUGUGA